AUGGCGUUGGCGUCUCGCUUCUCACGCUCGCGCAGCACUUCCCGCUCGCCUGCCCGCCACGAUUCGCCACCACCGCCACCUGUCAGCGUGUCGGAGCUCCAAAGACUUUUGAGCAGCGGCAAAACAGCCUGCAACCACGCCGAUCAAGUCUGGCCCGGACUCUACAUCGGCGACCAAAACAUGGCGUCGGACCGGCGCGAGUUGGCACGCGUGGGCAUCACUCACAUCGUCAACUGCGCGCAGAGCAGGUGGCGCAGCGGCGCUGCCGACUCGUACGCAGGCAUGAACGUGACGUACUUGGGCAUCGAGGCGCAUGACUCUCCCGCCUUCGAUAUGAGCAAAAACUUUUAUCCUGCUGCUGACUUCAUACACAAAGCGCUCACUAAAGGAGGCAAGGUUCUGGUCCACUGCGCCGUGGGCCUGAGCCGCUCCGCCACGCUGGUCCUGGCCUACCUGAUGAUCCGGCAGAAUUUAACUCUGGUGGAGGCCAUCAAGACAGUGAAGGACCACCGCGGGGUCACGCCCAACCGAGGAUUCCUGCGCCAGCUCAAUGGGUUGGACGGCGUCCUGUGCGAGAGCCGGCGUGCCGCCGCCGCACGAGUCGGCUCCAACGGUAGCCAAUGA